AAAAUAUUAUUUACAAAAACAUAUGUUUCGUUAGCGAGUUCAAAGCAGACGUUUCAAUCGUAUCCCAAAAUGAAGACGUUUGUUAUAGCGGUAAUUUUCUUUCAUGUCUAUAGUUUUGGUGAUGGUUCCAUUGAAGAUAAAUGGUUCGAAAAAGAAGUUAUCAAAAAUUUAGCAGGGUUGCUCAAAGAGAAAUUCAAUGCGACGCACAUUUUCGAUGUAAUCAAAGUAGCUAAAACAGCACAACAGAAAUGUCCUAAUAUCGAGGGGAAACUUGAAGGUGUUCUCGAUUCAAUAACAGAGUGUAUCACAGACAUUGAGAUAGGAUCAGACACUUUCUGUUCUCUCAUUAGAAAAAACUGGGCAAAAUGUUCAAAACCACUUUUUGAUGAAGUUACAAAUUGUUUACCCGUGGAAUCCAAAGAUCUUCCACACAUGUUUGGAAAGGCUCUGUUUGCCAUUGUAGAUCAAGCUUGCAAUUCAACCGGCGAACAAAUUAUGGAAUUGUUUAAUCCUUGUGGAUUCCAAGAAGAUAUCAGAAUUUUUCAAAAAUGUGAGGAUGUUUGGAACCUGUUGAUGGGUCACAAGACUGUGCUUCCAUCAAAGAAUAUUGUUUGCUCAAUGUUACCUAAAUUGAAAAACUGCGCAAUGGCACAUGAAAGAUCCUCUUGUAGGAAUCCAAUCACCAGAGAAGGUAACAAUCAGUUUUACGAAGCAGUAGUAGGUGCUACUAAAGAUGACUGUGAUGGAGAGAAUCAACCUUGACGUGGAACAAAUAAAACAUUUACUAAUCUUAUGGAGGGUAGACCUAAGGAGAACCAUCUCUUUUAAGUGUCCCUUCAAGCCAUUAAAUUAGAGAGACGACACUGUAGCAAGAGUGUAAAAUUUAAAUGAAGUACUAAAAGUUAAAGAAUAAGGAGAGCUACAUAAAACUGAAGUGGAAAACCUCGCUCGCAAUAUUUACUAAAUAAUAUUCCCUCUAUAUCAUCAACAACUCGAGUCGUUGAAAAUAUUAAAUAUUCGAACUCACCAUACUUUAUGAUCUCUAUAAUUGCUAAGUUCAUAUCAUACCACUUCUAAUAUUAGUGCCAUUUUGGUCAAAUUUUGAACUACAAUUUAUCAUUUACUAGUGGACACUUUUUCAGCUAAAUCCCCAAUUGAGAUAGUUCUUCUUACCUCUACCCUCCAUAACUACUGUAUACAAAAUAUUAUAUGAAAAUAUGACAUUUUUGACUUUAUAUUGUGUUUUAUUAUCGCUAAUUUUUUGUUGGUUGAAAGAAAGUACGCACUAAAUAUAAAAUAAAUCAAUCAACUUACAUGUUGAACAUUUAUGGCUAUUCCUUGAA